UUUAACAAGGAUGGCCGCCAGCUUCAUCCCAUUCAGACACAUUAACUCCUAAAUUUAAAACUGGUUUACAACGUCAUAGAACUGACUUUCAAGGGAUUUUCCUGUGUAGACAUUUUAAAUGCUGGAAUGAAACAAUCUGGAGUAUUUUAUUUACAAAUUCGCGGCACGACAUAUUGGUUUUUGAAGGUGUACUGUGAUCAACAAACUACAGAUGGAGGUUGGACUGUUAUUCAAAGGCGCGACGAUUUUGGAGAGUCCCGGGAAAACUUUAACAGGGAUUGGUCAGAUUACAAAAAUGGAUUUGGUGAACCAAACAAAGACUUUUGGCUUGGUAAUGAGAAUAUAUAUAUGUUGACAAACAACGACGAAUAUUCGUUGCGAGUAGACCUAGAGGAUUUCGAAGGAAAUAAACGAAUUACGAAUUUAAUUUUACACAAAAAUCUGACGACUAUAAUAUAUUGCUGAAUGGGAUGGUGUAAGGACACGAAUAACAUGGAACUGGUGUACAGGUGUUCAAAUUUUAA